AUGGUCGUCCCCGAGUCCAAGUACCUCAGCCCCAUCUGGAAAGAUGGUCUGUUCAACAACCGCGUCGUCUUCGUGACUGGUGGCGCUGGUACCAUCUGCAGCAUGCAGACCCGCGCGCUGGUCCGCCUCGGCGCCAAUGCAUGCAUCAUCGGCCGAAACGUAGAGAAGACAGAGGCGGCCGCCAAGGACAUUGCCCAGGUCCGUCCUGGAGCCAAGGUCAUUGGCAUUGGCGGCUGCGAUGUGCGCAAGCCCGAAAGCUUAGCUGCUGCUGCUGACCGAUGCGCCCGCGAACUCGGUAGCCUCGACUUUGUCAUCGCCGGUGCUGCUGGCAACUUUGUCGCCCCCAUGGAGGGCAUGUCCAGCAACGCCUUCAAGGCCGUCAUGGACAUUGACGUCCUCGGAACCUUCAACACCAUCAAAGUCACCAUGCCUCACCUCCUCCGCAGCAAAGACCCCCGUAUCAUCUACGUCUCCGCCACCUUCCACUACACCGGCAUGCCGUUCCAGGCCCACGUCUCGGCCGCCAAGGCAUCCAUCGACUCCCUGUGCGCCUCUGUUGCGCUCGAAUACGGCCCCCGCGGCGUGCAGAGCAACGUCAUUGCCCCUGGGCCCAUUGCUGAGACAGAGGGCAUGGACCGCCUGGCCGGCAAGGAUGUCGACUCGACUGCUUUCACGGCGCAAAUCCCCAGCGGCCGCAUGGGCACUGUCAAGGACAUUGCGGAUGCCACCGUGUUCCUUUUCAGCGAGGGCGGCUCGUACAUUAACGGCCAGAUUAUCCCUGUGGAUGGUGCUUCAUGGCGCCGACAGAGCUCGAUGACAGUGGGCGUCAGCAUGGAUCUUCAGUACCCUUCGUACCUGUUGGAUGAGGGUGAGAGCAUCUCGCCUGGCCUCAAGGGCGGCAAACCCAAGCUGUAG